AUGCAUGGUUUUUCCAAAAAACAAAGUCGAAACAGAACUGAACGCGUUCUCUGCUGGCGGUCUCGUAGAACGAGUACGCGCUCGGUACGUGUACAACUACUGUAUGGCUUUCAGUCUGAAGCGCGCGUUCCGCGGCCCUGCUUCCGGCGCGCGCGAAAAGAUUCGCGUCCAAGUCACCUCCGCCGCGGAAAUCUGACGAGGACUAAACGAUCGCGGUCCGCGACGCGGCCGUCAGUUCCCGCACACACCCCACCUUCCCCACCCCGCACACACGCGGCCUCGCGCGUUUCGUCGAGGAGUCCUCUCAUCACCAUGAGCGAUUCCAUCGACGCGAUGCGCAAGGCGCAAGAGGACCGCUUCUUCAAGCUCGAGCAGGAGAAGUACCUCUUGGCGUACGUCAAGAAGCUCAAGGCGAGCGGUCGGUACGACGAGAUCCAAGUCCCGACGCGCGCGCACUCCGCGAGCGCGCUCCCGCAGGUCCUCGCGCACUCCGUGCGCCUCACCGCGCUGGCGGAGGAGCAGAAGCACACGCGCGUGGUCGACCGGUCGUUCAUGACGCGCCAGGUCCUCCGAGGCGUCACGACGGGGGCGCCGUACCUCGUCGACUCGCUCACGAUGGGCUCGAGGGUCAGCCUGGGGAAGGGGAAGUGGAGCGCCGGGACGGUGAACAGCGGCGUGGAGAACACGACCAUCUUCAGCGUGCACAAAGCCGCGGACCUGAUGAGCGAGGCGCCGAAAUACCUCGACGGCGUCGAGAGCAGAGCCGCGAGGCACAUGGUCGACACCUCCUUCGUGGAGGUGGCCGGGAAGAGGAUCAAGCUCAUGCCGGACCCGACGCCCGGACGCGCGAUGGCGUGGGGCGGCACGCUCGCGCUCUGGGGGACCGCCGCGAUCGUCGUCGGGUCGUGCAAGGUGUUAGGGAUCAACUCCAUGGUGGACCUUAGACGCGUCAUGGGGGAAACUCUCACGCCGUUGGGGUCGGCGAUCAAGUCCUCCGUGAUGCCGAUCAAGUCGUUUUUCAACCCGGACGCGACGAGCGAGUGCAGCGGGCUGUCCACCGCGGACUCGAGCUUCAGCAAGGGGAUCAAGAAGAUUUUCGCGUGAUGAUCACGAUUCGUUUACGGCUCUUUCUUCACGACGAGUGUAAAUGUAACCUUAUAUCACAUCACGUCAUCC